UUGACUUUCAGUUCUGUUCACUUGACAGUUGUUGUUAUUGUGUAACUAAAUAAUAUAUUUUGACUAAUUUAAUUCAUCAUGAAUUUGUUAUGGAGGCGAACCCUUCCUAUUUGUUCGAUAAUUAGCUCCAUAAGACAAGAACUAAGUAAAAAGUGUAUGCACAAUGUUGUUCACAAAAAUGUAAACAUAACCUCAACUAAUACCUUAUUUCCACAAACCACAACGAUAUUAUAUAGUACAAAUCGUUACAAGUCGAAAAAGCAAAGAGAUUUGGAUUCUGAUGAUGAAGAUGAAAGUUUUGAUGAUGAUUCUUCACUCUCCAGAGAUUCUAAAGUAGUCAAAUUUAAUACUACAACAUUAAGGACUGACACUAUUCUCAAGUCAGCCUUAGGAGUUGCCAGAAAAAAAAUUGAACAGAUGUUCUAUGAAAGUAAAAUUAGAGUCAACGGCACAAAAAUUAUGAAGAAAAGUGCUUCAGUAAAAACAGGUGAUGAAAUAGAUGUAAUAAAGAUGGUCAGCCCAAAGAAUUCCGACCAUUUGUAUGUAGCUAGAGUUGAAAUUUUAAACAUUGCAGCAAAGGGUGAAAAUAUCACAAUUUCGGCAAGAAGAUUUAAGAAUUUAUUGAUUGAAAACUAUCCAGAAGACCCACACAAAGGUACAGCCGAAUCUAGUGAAUAAAUACCUAUAACUUUUAUUAUAAUAAAUAUAAAAAUCAACUGUUGCAAUAAAUAUCUCAUAGUUGAAAAUAUCUGUGUUGUAAUAAAGAGUUAAUCUUUUAUGGAAACACACUUUUUUUUUACCUUCAUAAUGUACCUAAGCCCAGAAGUAUCAAAUUACUUUAUGCUGUAAAUAGAUCAAUGCAAACUGUAAAUCUUCUCAUGUAAAUAAAAACUAAAAUUUUA